GUUGGGUGUAGAGAUAGGAUCGGCGUCACAGGACGACGUCGCUAACACCGUUUCAAGCCGGCAAAUACAGCAGCCGGAGGUGUAUCAUCCAGCUGCACCAUGGCAAUGAAGAAGAUGGAUCAAGAGUCUGAAAACGAUUCUUCCAACGAGGCCAUGUCAAUCGCCCGGCCUUUGAAGCCCCGGCGCUUAUCCAUCGCCACGACCGCCAGCGGCGGAUUCGAAGAUGGUUGGGCCACGCCCAGCGCGAAUGGUUUCGACGAUUCCAUUGAAGCCGAGAUGGAUGGCCGCCGCUUCCAUCAGCCCCUGCUGCCCCAGCGCCCUGCGCCUGUGCUCCAACCGGAGCUGUUUGAACAGCCCAAUGAGAAGUGGUGGGUGCCGCCCAGCCCCCAUGGCCCCCACGGCCCCUACAUGCACACCCCCACGGGCCCCACGGUGACACCCUCGGGCCACUCAGGGGUUGGUCCAGCACCCUUCCUUUCCAGUGGGCCGCCAACACUAUCCGGCAGUUUGAUAGGAGAUGCCUCACAAAGAGAGCAUCGACCCCUGCAAUCAGAAGAUGAUUUUGUGAUGCAGGGGCUUUCAUUGUUGGCAUUGCUUCUGAGCGGCCCAAGCAUUCCCAAUUUGCCGCCGUGUGGCUGCUACGGGGGUCUAGAGGUUUCUUCCCACAUCUCCGAAGCGCUUGGGGUCAACGAGGCGGACGCCAUCAAGAAAGCAGCCGAUGGCCAUGGAGACAAACCUGUCAAGGUGGUAAUUGAACACUAUCCGAACAUCCGCGUCUUUGCAGAUCAGACUCGCCCUGCAAAGCUUCCAGAUCCAGAAGCCGGGCCCCCGCCACAUGCGCCGCCACAUGCGCCGCCACAUGCGCCGCCACAUGCGCCGCCACACGUGGGGCUCGCUGGGCCACCAGGGAUGCCACCCAGCCACGGACGCGGGCCUGGCCCGGUGGGCCCGGGGCCGAUGAAUUGGCAGCACGGAGCACCGCAGUGCCCACCACAUUUGGUGCUGCCGCCGCCCGGAGUACCGCCAUCCCCUGUGGGAGCAGCCGUGCCUGCCAUCCCGCGCUGAGAGACCUGUCGUGAUUUCUGAGUGACAGUCAGUGGCCAAGACAGGGUCAAAGCAAGGAGCUUGAUGCUACUCAUACUACCCCCUGGUGAUCAAGCCUGGUAACAUGUUGUGCUUUGAAUCCCGG